ACGCGCACCCGUCUGGGAAAACCCGUGCCACGUGACAAUGUUUACUUUAACCACGACAAUCACAGCUGCGCGGCGACUACUUUGUAGCCGGAAAUGUUUUACAUGAUUUAAUGACAAAAAAUCUGAAUAACUUCCAGACACAGCUGAAUGAAGAGAUGAGCAUCUCUACGCAGAGAGCCAGAGAUCUAGUGAGCGCCUACGAUCACAGUUUGGAGCAGCAAAUUGUGGGACGAGGCUCCAACCUAGCAUGUAGCGAUGAGGAGCUAUGGAAGCAGGUGGAGGAGCUACUGAGGGACGGAGAUGCUCAGGAGACACACUGCCUUGGUCUGGAUCCACUGAGGGUGAUGGAGGAGUCGCUCAAAGCAGCAACAGCAGCAUCAACAGCAGCAGCCAGCGCUUCGCGAGUCCGAGCCAGAGGGGGGCUGCAAGGCCUGGCUAAAGCUUUUGAGGUCCUGGAGCAAGUGGCCCUGAACCUCUACCUCGGGCCUUGGAGGGAGGAGUACAAAGUAGUCAAGAUGUACUCCGGUAUAUUUACCCACUAUAUCAAACCGGUGCUGUCGAUGCCACAGAUUGAGAAACUGUUCGGCCUGCUAGGAUACCAGUCCAGCUCGUCUCUGCACGAGCAGCUUCGGCUCCAGUCGCCCAGAGUCAGUCCUGACUCUGUGCGCGACCUCCUCUGCCUCGCGUGUGCAUUCUUCCUGGCCCGCUGUGAGUGUUGCCUCCUUCUUACGGCUCUGGGGAAGCACUUUGGUGAGGCCCAGUGGGAGCUGAAUUUGGUGAGGGAGCGGCAGAAAGGAAACAGCCUACAGGUCGCCCUGGACAACACCAAGAAGACGCUGGAAGUGAGCCAGCCUCUGCCGGAGCCGUUUGGGGAAGUGGAGGUUGAUCUGUACACAGAUGAUCAGGUUAAUGGGCGGCAAAGGCAGGUUGUCAAUGACGACGAGAGUCCCCGCUCGUUGACCUGGGUGACUCAAAGCACCGCAUCCCUCCCUGCAAAAACACUCAGCAACGGCGUGACGUCCUUGUCCUCCUCAUGCACCUCCCUGUCCCCCAGAGAGGACGUCUGUGUCUCUACAUUCAAAUGCCGUCUUACCAAGACAUCGCCACUGAAAUCAGACACUACCAGGAGCUCCUCAGCCAGCAUGAGGCAAGACAGACGUCCCUGUGAGGAGUCGAGGUUUGACAAAGCGGACUCGCAGUCACGCAGUCUGCAGGUAGCAGCUAAGGGGCUUUGCGAGGGCGAGGCUGAAGACUACAACUAUUGCAGCUGUCUCCAAUCUCCUCAUCCUUCUCAGAACCUCUGUAUUCAAUGCAACACCUUGCACAAUAUCACCUGUGCCUUGCUUCAGCAAUGCUGCAGGGAAAGCCACACCGUGGUAUACCCUGACAAUACAACGGAAGAGAUGGAAGAAUUGAGAGCAGUGUCACCCCCGGGUGGAAGCCCCAGUGCGAGUGGCAUGAGUGCAUCGCCAACUCUCAGCAGCAGCAGCGCAGCAAUGUCCUCCUUAGCUCUGUAUGAUAACUCGAACACUAAGUCAGUAAUUUCAUCUCUUCAUCCAAUCACCUACCAUGACUGCUGCAACCUCGCUGAGCUGGACCCUCAGGCCGUGUGUCUCAGCUGCAGUGUCUUCCACUCUGGUUCCUGCAGAGGGUUAGAAUUUUGCCAAAUUUACCACGAGAUCAAGACACUGGGAGUGUGCUCCUGUGGGACGGCAUGCCACAGAAAGCCUCUGGUUUUGUGCAGAUAUUGUGGAAAUGAGUAUUGUAGGUAUUGUUGGUACAAAAGUCCUGUUGUUUGCACCUGCGGCCAAACUUUUGACCAGUCGUCCUCUGUGUGAAGCGUAUUUAAGUAUUGCAUUAAUGAGGCACAACUAGCAAAAUGACAGUGCCUUAAAUGUGUGAAAUCAAGUAUAAUACAUAACAAAUUCAAAUGUUGCCUUGUCACACUGAAGUGCAGUAUUAAGUAUGCUUCAAUAUUUCUACUUUGGUCCUCUUUCUGAGACUCAUUACCCAGUCAUUCUAUAAGUAAUUUACCAACAUUUGUACCAUUAUCAACAUUUUUCAAAUAUUGCAUAUUGUUGAUACUUAAAGUUGUGAUUACAGUUUGUGCUCUUGGGCCUCUUAAAUGUAAUUCAGUGUGAAGCACAAGGAAGUCUGUUUUCAUCUGUAUUUGUUGCCUGCAUACAGACUGGAAUAAAAAGCAUCAAUAAGCCACA